UCAGACUAUUCAAAACCCUAACUUUCAUUAUUCCUAUCCCGUCCAUCGCCAUAGCUCAGAAGCUCAAUUUCACGACCCUAUCGAGUAACUCGCCGGCGGUAACCGAUCCCGGUGGUUAAAAUGUACGGUUCAGACAAAGGCACCGACGAUUCUGAGCGCACCGCUUUCAGAAGAGCAGAGAAGAAAUACAAACUGUACUAUGACGACACCUAUAAAUCUUCCAAAAAGAAAAAGCUACCGAAACAAGUGGAUUUGUCUGAGGUUAUCGAUUUCAAGCGUAUCCUCGAAUGUUACAAUCAGGAUGGUGCGCUUCCGCUGGGCGUGAAUGCGACUAAGUGCGAUCUCGAUGGACCAGUCUUCUGCUUGGAGAAUCGUCCUGGGUUUUAUUUUAUUCCUGGUGCGUUGAGUUUAGAAGAACAAUGCCAAAGGAUUAGGGAGAGUUUAAAGGAUUUCCCGCAGCCUCCUAACAGAACCAAUCAUAAUGCUAUUUAUGGACCAAUUCAAGACCUGUUCAUUGCUGCUAAGGAAAAGAGAGUUUUAGUUGAAGAUAAUGAAAUCUCUGCUUCCAACGUUGAUUCCGACACUGAACCUUCCGUUAUCAAUGGAAAUUCUAAUGGAUGGAAGUUCGUGGAGGAAAAUACUGUUUCAUCCAGGAGGGGGACCUGCAAAUCAGUUCCGGCCUCUGCAUUACUCCGGAAGUUGCGUUGGAGUACACUCGGCCUACAAUUUGAUUGGUCCAAGCGAAGCUAUGACAUAUCUCUGCCCCAUAACGAUAUUCCCUCUGCGUUAUGUCAACUUGCCAAAAGAAUGGCGGCAGCUGCAAUGCCAACUGGGGAAGAAUUCAAACCUGAAGCUGCAAUAGUGAAUUAUUUUGCUUCAGGCGACACGCUCGGGGGUCACCUAGAUGACAUGGAAGCUGACUGGAGCAAGCCAAUUGUUAGCAUGAGUUUGGGUUGCAAGGCUAUCUUUCUUUUGGGUGGCAAGUCGAGACAGGAUCUGCCUGUAGCCAUGUUUCUUCGAAGUGGAGAUGUUGUGCUAAUGGCUGGAGAAGCAAGGGAAUGUUUCCAUGGUGUACCACGGAUCUUCACAGAUGAAGAAAGUGAGGAAAUUUCUCUUCUUGAAAAGCGGUUUUCAAGUCGAGAUGAUUUGCAUUUUCUGGAAUACAUGAGAACUUCAAGAAUAAACAUCAACAUUAGACAGGUUUUCUGAGUGUUUAUGAUUGUUCUUUUACAUACUGGAGGGUAUUGUUUAGGGUUAGUUUUGGAUGAAAUUUGUUGGUACUUUGUUUAAAAAAUACGCUUUAACUUUCAAAAGUGUUUAAAAAGUACCAUUAGAGGAGAUUGAUAAGC